UUGAGACCUCUUAUUUUAGGCCAGGAUAUUCUUGCUCGUGCAAAGAAUGGAACAGGAAAGACUGGUGCAUAUUGCAUACCGGUCAUUGAGAAAAUCAAUCCUGCUGUCAAGAAAAUCCAAGCGCUUGUUAUCGUUCCAACUCGCGAGCUUGCUCUUCAGACUUCGCAGAUAUGUGUGGAGCUUUCAAAACACAUCAAACUGAAGAUUAUGGUUACCACUGGUGGUACAGAUUUACGUGAUGAUAUCAUGCGUUUGAAUGGGUCGGUGCAUAUGGUGAUUGCAACGCCCGGACGUAUUCUCGAUUUAAUGGAGAAAGGUGUAGCCGACAUGUCGAACUGUAAAAUGCUUGUGCUUGACGAAGCUGACAAAUUACUCAGUCAGGACUUCCAGGGUAUCCUGGAUCGCCUUAUCUCGUUCCUGCCGAAGGAGCGUCAGAUCAUGCUCUAUUCCGCCACUUUCCCAAUGACUGUUACCGAGUUUAUGCAAAAGCACAUGAGGAAACCUUACGAAAUUAACCUCAUGGAGGAGCUCACCCUUCUUGGAGUCACUCAGUAUUACGCGUAUGUACAGGAGAAACAGAAAGUUCAUUGCCUUAAUACUUUGUUCCGCAAGCUCCAAAUCAACCAGUCCAUUAUCUUCUGCAAUUCAACGCAGCGUGUAGAGCUGCUGGCCAAAAAAAUCACCGAAAUAGGAUAUUCUUGCUACUAUAUUCAUUCGAAGAUGGCGCAAAAUCAUAGAAACCGCGUCUUCCACGAUUUCCGUCAGGGUAACUGUCGAAACUUGGUGUGCUCCGAUCUGCUUACUCGUGGUAUCGAUAUUCAAGCUGUAAAUGUUGUAAUCAAUUUCGAUUUCCCUCGAAACGCAGAGACCUACCUCCAUAGAAUUGGCCGAUCUGGAAGAUUUGGCCAUCUUGGUGUUGCCAUCAAUCUUAUUACGUAUGAGGAUCGUCAUACACUUCGCCGUAUUGAACAAGAAUUGCGUACCCAAAUUGAGCCCAUACCGAAAGCUGUCGACCCGAAGUUAUACGUGGCUGAUUUCCAAAUUGUCGACGAUGAAGAUAACAGGGCGAAUGCCAACUGA